UGGGAUCAUAUCUAUUUCAAUCUUGUUUCCCCCCGUAUAUUUAUGGUCGAGAUCAAAAUUUCUUCGUUUCGUUUUGACAAUUUCGAUUACAAUUUUGGGUCGAUCAGCAUUUUUUUUGGCGAAUUAUGGGUUACGUGGGAUCGUUUAGUACAAUGGCAUCUUCUUCGGACUCAUGGAUAAAGGAAUAUAAUGAAGCAACAAAACUUGCUGAUGAUAUCAGUGGUAUGAUAUCCGAACUGAGUACAUUGCCUGCAGGUCCUGACACCCAGCGUCAUGUCUCUGCUAUACGGCGGAAGAUUACAAUAUUGGGGACUAGACUUGAUAGCUUACAGUCCCUUCUGUCAAAACUCCCUGGAAAACAGCACAUAUCAGAGAAAGAGAUGAAUCGUCGAAAGGAUAUGAUAGGAAAUUUACGAUCGAAAGUGAAGCAGAUGGCUUCAACAUUGACGUCCAACUCUUCCAACCGAGAUAGCUUGCUGGGGUCAGAAAUAAAUAAAACUGAUGCCAUGGGAAGAACAGUUGGACUAGACAACUACGGCCUUGUUGGUUUGCAAAGACAAAUUAUGAAAGAGCAAGAUGAGGGGCUUGAGAAAUUGGAGGAGACUGUAAUAAGCACAAAACAUAUUGCAUUGGCAGUCAAUGAAGAACUUGACCUACACACUAGACUUAUUGAUGACUUGGAUGAUCAUGUGGAAGUUACGGACUCUCGGCUACGGCGGGUGCAGAAGAACUUGGCAGUUUUGAACAAGCGGACAAAGGGUGGUUGCUCUUGCAUGGCAUUGCUUUUAUCUGUCGUCGGGAUAGUAGUUCUGAUUGCUGUGAUUUUUUUGCUGAUCAAAUACUUGUAAUCAUGCCAACUAUAAGUCUAUACCGAGUCUCAUGAUUUCCAGUUUGUGUGUGUUCGAUGUGGAUUGCUGUCUUCGUUGUGAUGAUGUAUUCGGCUUUCUUGGUUUUUUGGGUUUGUGAAUUUGUGUGUUGUUGAAAUAAUUGUAAAUUUUAUUUAUUGGCACGUAUUAGUACCAUAUUUGAAUA